AUGCUUGGAGAAAAGUCAAUACCUUACACUAUUGCUUUGUUCACUGGUGGAGACAAACUGACGGUUGAUAUUGAAACAUUUUAUACUCAAAACAAAAUUCUCAAUGACUUUGUUAAUCAGUGUGGAGGAGGAUAUCAUGUUUUUAACAACGAAAGCACAGAUCCCUUUCAGGUCAGAGAGCUCAUGAAGAAGAUCAACACCAUGGUUCAGAGAAAUAAAGAAAGAUGCUACACCAAUGACAUGUUCAGAAAGGGACAAGAAAUUCUGAGAAAAGAAGAAGCAGACCUUAGAAUUGUUCUUGUUGGGAAAACUGGAGUUGGGAAGAGUUCAUCAGGAAACACAAUCUUAAUGGGAAAUGUUUUUAAAUCAACAUCAUCUUCUUCCUCUGUGACAUUAGUUUGUCAGAAAGAAACAUCUCAGUUUGAUUUUAAAAGACUAGCUGUAAUAGAUACUCCAGGUCUGUUUCACACAAAACUAACUAAAAAGGAAGUCAGAACAGAGAUCUAUAAAUGUUCAUCGUUUGCUGCUCCUGGUCCUCAUGUGUUCCUGAUUGUGAUAGAGCCAAAUUUAUUUACAGAAAAAGAAAAAGAAACAGUAAAAAUCAUUAAGAAGCUGUUUGGAGAUAAUGCAGCACGUUACACCAUGGUCUUAUUUACCCAGAAAGACAAUCUGAAGCCUGGUGCCGUCGACAUAGGAGCAUCAAUUAGUAACAAUCCAGCUCUCGGUGAUCUCAUUGAUCAGUGCGGUGGGCGAUAUCAUGUUUUUAACAACAGAGAAAAGGAUCCCUCUCAGGUCAGAGAGCUGUUGGAAAAGAUCAAUACAAUGGUUUGGGAAAAUGGAGGAAGCUACUACACCAAUGAAAUGUUUGACAAGGCAGAGAGCGCUAUAGAAAAAGAGAUGGAGCGACUUAUCAAAGCUGAACCAGAAAUGACAAAAAAAGAAGUGAGACACAGAGCAGAAAGAAAGAAUGGGUUUAUUCAACAAAGUUUUCUUGCCGCUGUCACUACAGUUGCUCCAGGACUUAGUGCUGGUGCUGGUGCUGGAACUAUUGCUGCUGCAAUUGGGACUGGAAUUGGUAUAGAAGUUGCUAUUGGUGGUGCUAUUGGAACUAUAGGAGGUCCAGUGGGAACUGCAGUAGGAGCUGCACUGGGAGCUGGAGUGGGUCUUGCAGUGGGAGCUAUAGCUUUGAAAAUGAAAACAAACGAUUGUGUUACACAGUGA